CUCUAUUAUUCCCAAACACAAGAAUGGCUUGAAGUCUUUGGAGAUGGUAGAUGAAACAUUCAGUGGGAUCCUUCUGGGAUUUCUUGCCCUUAUAAUCCUCUUCAGUGGCCCUAAUUCACCUCCUCAGCUGUGUUGAUGUCAUGAAAACCAGCAUCGACCUCACAAACUGCCCCCUGAUGAUGCUGACAGCUGGACCGCUAAUGGCCAACUCCACGUGCCAUUUCUUCAUCUUUCCUUGGUGCCAACCAUGCCUGCAUAUCAGGGAAGCAUUCUUGGAUCCCAUGACUCUCAGGUGUACCAAGUGCAACUGUAAGCCAACAAUGAUAAGGCGGCCACCAACAGUUAUCUGCUACAUUUGUGGUCGUGAAUAUGGAACAAAAUCUAUCGCCAUCCAUGAACCACAAUGUCUGAAAAAGUGGCAUAAUGAAAACAACAUGUUACCUAAAGAGUUAAGGAGAUCAGAACCUAGAAAACCAGAAGUCAGGACCAUUACCGCCAAAGGUUUCUAUGAUCUCGAUGCCUUAAAUGAAGCCGCUUGGACCAGCGCCCUGAGCCAGUUGGUUCCCUGUAAUAUUUGUGGGCGUACCUUCCUGCCAGACAGACUGAUUGUUCACCAACGAUCCUGUAAACCAAAAGCCGCCAAGUAAAGCCCUCUCUCCCAGUACAAGUGUUACAGGACUUAGAUUCUUUUGAGAGAGUUCGGGAUAUGGAGGAAAGGAGGAAAAGGGGGUAAGGAGAGGAAACAAGAAACACUGGAAACCGCUCAAGGUUGUCUAGCGCGGGAAGCCAGCUGGGGGUGGGGAGGUCUGGUGGCAGGAGCAUGACCAUGACCGUGACGUGGUGGGCCUACGCUCUGCCUUUACAGAGCAGCUGCGCGCAUGUGCGCAGACAAAGCGGGGUGGGGGUGGGGGGCGCUCACACUCCGUUGGGCAGAAUUACAAGAGGGCUGCCCCUCAUCAGGGCUGGCAUUUUUGUCUCCAGGAAAUUUCAGAGCCAACUGUUGCUGUUUUUCUUCCAUUCUCUUUUCCUGAGCAACAUUUUGAUUUUCACAAUUAGGACUAAUAUUAUUCAGGGAAAGGAGGUUUCAGGUGGCAAUUUCAGGCAACUCCUUGGUCUCAAGAAAAACUAUAUUCCUUCCCACCCUGUGCUUUCUGAAAUAAUGUGCCACUCCCUGUUUCCUCUGACCCAGAGAAACGCUGUUAAUUGAGUUAUUGAUUGGGAAUCUUCUCGUCUCUAUAAAAUCAUUGCACGGCAAAGACUUUUCCAAAAGAGCUAAGGAGUUAAGGCACUAGAACCAUGUCUAACUCCUACUCCCUUACCGAGAGCGGGAAAUGCUACAGAGGUUUCAGAACUGGUGCCAGCCUCGUAUGUCAGAAGAUUGCUACAGCGCGAUUCAUCAAAUGGGUGGAGGUUAGCUCUUUCCUUCUAUAGGAGAAGUGCAGAGGGUUCUCUAUGGCCUCAUAGGGGCUCAUAGGUGUUUUAUUGUUGAGAUCGAAAAGCCUGCCAGCAAGUUCUGUGCCUCCCCGCCCAUUGCCCAGGCAAUGGCUUGUGAAAACUGCCCUGUAUUUUAGACCUUGAAUGUGCAUUCAUAGAGGCGAGGCUCUCCUGGGAGGAGGCCAGGGUCAGGAAGGUGCUCUGCCCAGGAAAUUCUGCUCCCCUGGACGGCGCUGCUUUGCCUGUACUCCCAGCAGUUUUGCUUGAGGUCUUUGUUCGUUUUAUGGCUGAAGUUCAGAGCCAUCCUGGAUCCACUGGGUUGCUGCAGACCUUGAAUUCAUGACCUAACACAGCACAGUCAGCUCCAAAUUACACAAGCAAAUUUAUUGGACCUAAUUUUUUACUCACACAUCUCUGUAUUAUAAGAGGUUAGGUUAAGAGUGUUGCUCUAAUCAUUCUUUUUUUUUUUUUGGUCUGUUCCAAAGGAAGAAGACAUUAACUUUUAAAAUAGUCUUUAGCUACCCUCAAAGAAGAUUAUCCUCUUGAGAAAGACAUAGCAUCUCAUACCCCAUUGAUGGUUUAGUUCUUUGAUUUCAUUAGCAAAGAUGACAACAUCCAAUACCGGAGUUAGCAUAGACACUGUGCUUCGAGCUCCCUAGACUGCCGUGUGUAUAAAUCUCCCAUCAGCCUACAAGGAGAGGUUAUCUUUAUCUUACAUCUGAGGAAACAUAUUUAAAUAGGUAACAAGCUAACUCAAGGUCACACUGGGCUUGAAUCGAGGGAGGGAAUAGGGAAGCAAACUCGCCACUCCCGGAGUCCCAAACUCCCACUUUUACCCAGUGCACUCUGUAUGCUACAUUUCGUCAUUAACUCAAUGAACUAUGCGAACAAAUGACCUGCCAAAUGUGAUUUUCUUUUUUAAUCCAGUGUUCAGUAACUAAGGCAAAUGGGAAUCUUAGCAUGCUUGUAGUUUGCCCACUGGUCAGGGUUUCUCUCAAACUGAGUAGGUGAAAACCCAAUUUUAAACAGCCCUGUCUUUCAAAAGCCACUCUGCCCUCUGCUGAUGCUCGGCGGUCCAGCGGGGAAAUAAAGUGAAAAUGCUGGCCUCAACUUGGAAAUGGGUU